UUGGGACGGUUACAGAUGGACGGGGGAGGUCUCAGUAACAUGACUCUCCUGCUGAUACUGCUGGCUUGCUGCGUGCUGCUAAUAGCAGGUGUGGCUAUUGGUAUUGCUAUUGUGUGCUGCCGGAAGGCUUCAGUCUCACAAGAUCGCAGCAAGAAAGGAUACACCAAAGGGAACACAGGCAAACCGGGUGCCAGCAAUAUAAAACCUCCAGACCUCUGGAUUCAUCAUGACCAGAUGGAUUUGAAGAACAUGGAAAAAGUCCUCACAAGGGUCUCUGGACGUACCUUCUUCUGCAAGAGAUCUGGACAUUGAUCAACCCCGUCAGCCCACGAACUCUCUGGACAAACGCACAUAUGGAACUUCUUAUAUAGCCACUGCAACUGCUACUCCGAUUGGUCCUGCCGCCGGCCUCUUGACCGUGACAGAUGCCAGACCUCUGUACCCUCGCACUCAGUACUCCAUCUCACGAGCCCAUGUCACCCUGGAUCCUGCACUUGCCGCAGCAGAGAGUCCUAUUAUACAGAGUGGUGGCGGUGGCUAUGAAAGUGUGGCAGGUUCGGGUGCCCCUGUUCCUGCCCCCACUCAGACUUCCACCUA